GAAAUCAAUUUUAUUGCUCGGUCAAUUAUACCCUUUAAUAUUUGUUUUCUCUUGUGACAGUGAAACAUCACAAAAAUCUGUCAGAAACAUUGAUUGCUAAUGAACACUGCACUAACUUCAAAACCGACAACAUGAUCCAGUUGUUGUUUGUCGUCUCUCAGACCAAUCUACAAUUUUGUUAGUCGACGAGUGUUCUCGAAUUAAUUGAUGCCGUAGUUACUAACCUAACCUCAUCAAAUCUGUUACUAUUUAUGUUCCCUCCUGUCUUUAUAUGCUAUGGCAUUCCAAUUAUUCCACCCCCAUCAUUUCGUUUGUCUGACAGUAUUUUCUCUCACACCGAACACUCAAAGAGAAAAUGGAGAAGAAUCACCAAAAGCCUCAUGCUAUCAUGAUUCCUUACCCUCUUCAAGGCCAUGUGAUCCCCUUUGUUCAUCUUGCCAUGAAGCUUGCAACAAAGGGCCUCACCAUCACCUUCGUCAACACUCAAUCCAUCCACCACCAGAUAACCAAAUCCCAACCCAACUCCACUACUUCCAACGAUGACAUCUUCACGGAGGCACGUAAAUCAGGUCUCGACGUUCGUUACACAGUAGUCAGUGAUGGUUUCCCACUCCGGUUCGAUCGUUCCCUCAACCAUGACCAGUUCUUUGAAGGUGUUUUACAUGUCAUGUCGGCUCACAUAGAUGAACUCGUGGCCAACACAAUAGAAACAAACCCUCCUCCAACUUGUUUAAUAGCCGACACUUUCUAUGUCUGGUCCUCCAUGAUAUCAAACAAGUAUAACCUAGUUAAUGUUUCCUUCUGGACUGAACCAGCUUUGGUCUUUACUCUUUACUACCACCUCGACCUGCUUAUAAAUAAUGGUCACUUCGCUUCUAUUGAUAAUCGUGAUGAUAUAAUCGAUUACAUCCCUGGGGUUCGAGCUAUAGAACCAAAGGAUUUGAUGUCAUAUCUGCAAGCAUCUGAUAUAUCAACGGUGGCGCAUCGUAUAAUCAACAAGGCAUUCCAGGACGUAAGGAAAGCAGAUUUCAUUAUUUGCAACACAGUACAAGAGCUUGAACAUGAAACAGUCUCAGCCUUGAAUGAAAAGCAACCAACUUAUGCAAUUGGGCCCAUUUUCCCAACUGGGUUCAUCAAGAGCGUUGUGGCUACGAGCUUGUGGACCGAGUCUGAUUGCACCCAAUGGCUCGACACAAAGCAUCAUGGGUCAGUUUUAUAUGUGGCGUUUGGUAGCUAUGCUCAUGUUAGUAAAAGUACUAUUGUGGAAAUAGCCCAUGGGCUUUUGCUUAGUGGGGUGAGUUUUAUUUGGGUGCUUCGCCCUGACAUUGUGAGCUCUGAUGAAACUGAUUUCUUACCCGUUGGAUUUGAAGAAAAUAUAAAAGGGACGGGUAUGAUUGUUUCAUGGUGCUGCCAAAUUGCUGUGAUCUCACAUCCAGCGGUUGGUGGGUUCUUAACUCAUUGUGGGUGGAAUUCUAUACUAGAAAGUGUAUGGUGCACCGUACCGAUGAUUUGUUUCCCUCUGUUGACUGAUCAAUUCACUAAUAGAAAACUAGUGGUUGAUGAUUGGAAAAUUGGACUUAAUCUUUCUGAUAAUAAGCAAAUCAAACGGCAUGAGGUGUCGGAGAAGAUACACCGUGUGAUGGGUGGAAAAUUAGGUGAUGAAUUAAGGAAGAAUAUCAAGGAGGUCAAAAAGAAGUUAGAGAAUGCAUUAUCAACCGUUGGAUCAUCUGAAGAAAACCUCAAUCGAUUCAUCAGUGAUGUACAAAUCAAAACUUGGAAGAAACGUGGAUCCGCUAUGUGUCAUGGGGUCAACUCAUCAGCAAAUCAUGCUUAGAUUAUGUGGAAUGAUGAUCUGUGUUGUAUAAUUAAAAAUAAAUAUCCAUGAAUUUGUUAUUUAUUUUUUAUAUGAAUUAUUAUUUUCAUAUAUUGUGGAUAAAAUUCUUAACGUGAUGUCUAAAUUAUAAAAUAAAAUUUAAAAUUUCACCAA